AUGGCGAAUCCUAUUUGCAUUUCAGGGAUACUUUUUCUCUCCGUUUUCAGCCUUUAUUCACCCCUCAUUGCAGCUUACAAUGUAGUAAAUUUUGGUGCCAGGGGAGAUGGGAGAACAGAUUCCACGGCAGGAUUUCUCCGGGCCUGGAUGUCAGCUUGCAGCUCAGCUAGCCCGGCAACAGUUUACGUGCCCCGAGGGAAUUUCUUGAUUAGAGCGGUAUCUUUCUCAGGGCCCUGUAGGAGUAGAAUCCAGUUCCAAAUAGAUGGAACUCUUGUUGCUCCUGAUAAUUAUUAUGUCAUUGGCAACUCUGGAUUCUGGAUUUUGUUUUAUAAGGUCAGUAGGCUGACAAUCAGUGGUGGAACCAUCGAUGCCCGGGGAAAUGGAUUUUGGUCUUGUAGGAAGGACGGCAACAAUUGCCCGGCUGGAGCAAGAUCGAUGAUGCUAAUGUGGUGUAACGAUGUAUUGGUAAGCGGAUUGACAUCAUAUAAUAGCCAGACAAUUCACAUUGGCAUCGACCACAGCAGCAAUAUGAAGUUACAGAAUCUGAAAAUCACUGCCCCAAGUGGAAGCCCCAACACAGACGGCAUACAUGUGGAAUCAUCUACGGGUGUCACAAUUGUGGGCGGUACCAUCAAGACAGGCGAUGACUGCAUAUCAAUUGGUCCUGGCACCAUGAACCUGUGGAUUUCAAAUAUUGGCUGUGGCCCUGGACAUGGAAUCAGCAUUGGUAGUCUGGGCAAUAGUUACCAUGAAGCUGGAGUCCAAAAUGUGACAGUCACCGACUCCGUUUUCACCGAAACAGAGAAUGGGGUAAGGAUAAAGUCAUGGGCAAAACCAGGUGGUAGCUAUGCAAGAAGUCUCCUCUUCAAGAACCUUAUAAUGAGAAGUGUUGCAUAUCCCAUCAUCAUUGAUCAGAAGUAUUGUCCAGAUAACAGCUGCCCACAUCAGAGUUCUGGAGUAAAAGUUAGUCAAGUAAUCUACAGAAACAUAAAAGGCACUUCAGCAACCCAACAAGCAGUGAAGUUCGAUUGUAGUUCCAGCAAUCCGUGCAGUGGAAUCACAUUACAGGACAUAAAACUCACUUACUUGAACCCUUUUUACAAGCCAACAGUGGCCUAUUGUAGCAAUGCAAUCGGAAGACAAAGCGGCGCAGUCUUUCCAAAGAGUUGCUUCUGA